AAAAGUGGAAUUCUGUUGAGCUAUUCACCUUCAUCUCCCUCUAACGGACUCGUCCAUCUUCUUCACGCUGUCUCCUUCUCCGUUUCAGCGGCUCAGUGUCGCCGCCGUCUUUUCUCCUUUCGUGCCGCUGUAGCCUCCUUCUUCCUCCUCCUAGCGGGUUUAAUUUGCACUGAUUUUCUACUAUCUUGCUUGUACUGGACAUGGACCAUCAUGAAGAUGGCCCUGGGGUUGAAAGUCAACCCAAGAGAGAUGAUGAGGAAAUGGUUGCCCGUCAGGAAGAAAUUAAAAAGUCAUUUGAGGCUAAAAUGGCUCUUCGUCAAAGUAAUUUGAAUCCUGAGAGGCCUGACUCUGGAUUCUUUAGAACUUUGGAUUCUAGUAUUAGACGCAACACAACAAUUAUUAAAAAGUUAAAGCAAAUAAAUGAAGAACAACGAGAAGGACUGAUGGAUGAAUUGCAAAAUGUAAAUAUGAGUAAAUUUGUUAGUGAGGCUGUUGCUGCUAUUUGUGAUGCCAGGCUUAGAGCUUCUGAUAUACAAGCAGCUGUUCAGAUCUGUUCGCUUCUUCACAAAAGGUACAAAGACUUCUCACCAUGCUUGAUUCAAGGACUCUUGAAAGCAUUCUUUCCCGGAAAGUCGGGGGAUGAGUUGGAGGCCGAUAGGAACUCGAAGGCCAUGAAGAAGCGCAGCUCUCUCAAACUUCUUUUGGAACUUUUUUUUGUUGGAGUUGUAGAAGACAGUGCAAUUUUCAAUAAUAUUAUUAAGGAUCUUACAAGUGCUGAACAUUUGAGGGAUCGAGAUACUACCCUAACAAAUUUGACUCUCCUUGCUAGCUUUGCUCGGCAAGCGAGAAUCCUCUUGGGGCUACCGCCUACUGGUCAUGAUCAUGAGGAGUUUUUUAAGAGCCUCAAUAUUACUGCCGACCAAAAGAAAUUCUUCAGAAAGGCGUUUCAUACAUAUUAUGAUGCUGCAGCAGAAUUGCUUCAGUCUGAACAUACUUCACUUCGCCAAAUGGAGCAUGAAAAUGCAAAGAUCUUGAAUGCAAAAGGAGAACUUAGUGAUGAAAAUGUCUCUUCAUAUGAGAAGUUGCGAAAAUCUUAUGACCAUCUAUAUCGAAAUGUCUCAUCCUUAGCAGAAGCACUUGAUAUGCACCCCCCAGUGAUGCCAGAAGAUGGUCACACAACCAGGGUUUCUGCAGGAGAAGAUGUUUCAUCACCUGCUUCUGGAAAGGAUUCUUCUGUGCUCGAAGCCAUAUGGGAUGACGAAGACACCCGGGCUUUCUAUGAAUGCCUACCAGAUCUCAGGGCAUUUGUUCCAGCGGUACUGUUGGGAGAAGCAGAGCCUAAAGCAAACGAGCAAUCUGCAAAGCCGGCAGAAAAUCUGGCUGAAUCUGAAGCAGACCAAGGUCAUCAAACAUCCAUAGAGGCCGUGGAGAUUUCUACAGAUGGUUCGCUACAGGAUGGAAAAAUCAAUGAGAAAGGAAAGGACAAAGAAGAAAAGGAUAAAGAAAAGAACAAGGAUACAGACAAGGAGAAGGGGAAAGAAAAGGACGCAGAUAGAAAGAUGGAAAAUGAAAAAGAAAAGCUAAAAAAUAUUGAAGGAACAAAUUUGGAUGCUUUGUUACAGAGACUCCCUGGUUGUGUCAGCCGUGACCUUAUUGAUCAGUUGACUGUAGAGUUCUGUUAUUUGAAUUCCAAGGCUAACCGAAAGAAGCUCGCCAGGGCUUUGUUUAAUGUACCUAGGACAUCUUUGGAAUUGCUGCCAUACUACUCACGCAUGGUUGCUACGUUGUCAACUUGUAUGAAGGAUGUGUCUGUCAUUCUCCUCCAGAUGUUAGAGGAGGAGUUCAAUUUUUUAUUGAACAAAAAGGACCAAAUGAACAUUGAAACGAAGAUUAGAAAUAUUAGGUUUAUUGGAGAGCUCUGCAAGUUCAAAAUUGCUUCAGCUGGUCUUGUUUUUAGCUGUUUGAAGGCAUGUUUAGAUGAUUUCACUCACCACAACAUUGAUGUUGCUUGUAAUCUUCUCGAGUCCUGUGGUCGUUUUCUUUAUCGGUCUCCUGAAACUGCAGUGCGGAUGGCUAACAUGCUGGAGAUAUUGAUGCGCUUGAAAAAUGUAAAAAAUUUGGAUCCUCGACAUAGCACCCUGGUAGAGAAUGCAUACUAUCUUUGCAAGCCUCCAGAGAGAUCUGCACGGGUGUCAAAAGUUCGUCCACCAUUGCAUCAGUAUAUUAGAAAGUUGCUCUUCUCAGAUCUAGACAAGUCUGCCCUUGAAAAUGUGUUGAGGCAACUUCGGAAGCUUCCAUGGAGUGAAUGUGAGCAAUACCUUUUAAAAUGUUUUAUGAAAGUUCAGAAAGGGAAGUAUGGCCAGAUUCACUUGCUUGCUUCUUUAACGUCUGGUUUGAGUCGAUAUCAUGAUGAAUUCUCGGUUGCUGUUGUUGACGAGGUAUUGGAAGAAAUUAGGCUUGGACUCGAAGUAAAUGAUUACGGGAUGCAGCAAAAACGCAUUGCCCAUAUGAGGUUUUUGGGGGAGUUGUACAACUAUGAACUUGUAGAUUCAUCUGUUGUUUUUGAUACCCUUUAUUUGAUGCUUUUCUUUGGCCAUGGCACGUCAGAGCAAGAUGUAUUGGAUCCACCCGAGGACACUUUCCGCAUAAGGAUGGUUAUCACUCUUCUUCAAACCUGUGGUCACUACUUCGAUCGAGGAUCUUCAAAGAGGAAACUUGAUCGAUUUUUUAUACACUUCCAGAAAUAUAUUCUCAGCAAAGGCGGGCUUCCAUUGGAUGUAGAGUUCGACUUACAGGAUUUAUUUGCGGAAUUACAACCAAACAUGACUAGGUACUCAUCCAUUGAAGAUGUAAAUGCUGCUUUUGUAGAACUUGAGGAGCACGAACGUUCUGUCUCAAGCGACAAGUCCAAUACCGAGAAGCACCUUGAUGCUGAAAAGCCUAUGAGCAGAGCAACUUCCAAUACCACCUCAGCUAAUGGAAGGGACACGGUGAAUGGCUCUAGGGAAAAUGGUGCAUCUCAUGGAGACGGUGUCGAUAGUGACAGUGAUACAGGAAGUGGCACUAUUGAGGCAGAGGGAUGUGACGAUGAAGAGUCAGACUUGGGGAAUCAUGAGGAUGGAUGUGACAGUGACGAUGACGAAGAUGAUGAGGAAGCUGGUCGACCUGCUUCUGAUGAGGAUGAUGAGGUUCACGUUAGACAGAAAGUGUCUGAGGUAGAUCCCAGGGAAGAAGCCAAUUUUGAUCAGGAACUCAGGGCUGUAAUGCAGGAGAGCAUGGAUCAGCGUAGGCAAGAGAUACGUGGUCGACCAACAUUGAAUAUGAUGAUACCAAUGAAUUUGUUCGAGGGAUCGACGAGGGACCACCAUGGAAGGGGGACUGGGGGAGAGAGUGGGGAUGAGGGAUUGGAUGAGGAUGCUGGGGGAAGCAAAGAGGUUCAGGUGAAAGUUCUUGUUAAGCGUGGGAACAAGCAGAAAACGAAGAAGAUGUACAUCCCUCGUGAUUCCGCACUUCUACAGAGCACGAAACAGAAAGAAGCAGCAGAGCUAGAAGAGAAGCAAGAUAUUAAGAGGUUAAUCUUAGAGUACAAUGACCGAGAAGAGGAAGAAAAUAAUGGAUUAGGCUCCCAAACAAUGAACUGGAUGCAAACAGGGGGCAAUAGAGUCCCUACUCGAGGAAACAAUUGGGAGUCAUCUGGCGGGAGGAGCGGUGGGUCGCGUCAUCUGCAUCAUCGGUAUCCCGGCAGUGGCGUGCAUUACAGUCGAAAGAAGUGAGUUCAGUUCACCAUUGGUAUCCUGGCAGUGGUGUGCCUUACAGUGACAGAAGUGAGCUUAGUGCACCACGAUAUCUUGAUAGGUGAAGUCAAUUACAGCAGGCAUCGUAAAUUUCCUGGCAGUGACUGUUCAUUACAACAGUAAGAAAUGAGUUUGAUUGACAGUUCCUUACGGAAGGAGUUUCUUCAUGAACCAUAUUUUGUCAACCAUUGUCGACUUACGUACAGAUCCCUACAGUAUAGCCUACGAAUCGGUCUUUCUUCGAUGCUAGACCAUGGUUGACGAUAGAAAUCAUAGAUGAUGACGAUAAAGUUGCAAUUAAAAGAAGAAAGGAGGCUUUCGUUGGCUUUCGGUGUGUAUAUCGUGUUGAUCCCUAUCUACUUAUUGAGGCAUUGUUUCUUGGUAUUGCAUGAAAAGAAUGGUUUGUUCAGAAAGUUGUAUGACAAUUAAAAGAUUAGCCUGCGAGAUUGCUUGUGUUGUGUACAGUUCUUGUGUUCGGGCGUUUGGCUAUUUCGGAUAUUGGAAUGUGAAUUGUAUUUUUCUUCAGUAUACAAGCUUACUAUGUGU